AUGUUCCACAGGAACGGAGCUUGCGGCGACCGUCUGAUUCACACUUGGAACUCCAGUGAUCUCAUGGCUCCGCACCGCCAGGACGUCGCCACUGUCAAGGGCUCGGCCCACCGGGACGCCGAUGAGGAAGCGCUACAGGCCGCACUUCAGGAAUCUCUCGAACCAGACUUUAUGGCUGAAAUCCUGCAGUCAGAAAGUCAGCAGCGCCGUCAGGUACAUGGGCGAACGCGAUUAGGUCAAUUGAAUUUUGGAACAAGCUCCAGCGACCAAAAACCGGAAGAAAACCAGCAAGAAGUAGACAGCGGAGACGAUGACGAGCAUGGCGUAGAUACGGGUCGAUAUACUCGACUUUCUAUCUCUGAAGCAACGGAGAAGCCCCCUGAAUCUGUUGACGUCGAUGAGGAGGAGGAGGAAGAUGAAGAUCCCAAUGAGGAUCACACGCUCCUGAACUUCGCCGACAUCCUGCUCAUCGACAUCCUUAAGUGGCUGGACGAAGACACCAUCGGAGCCUGCACAUGCACAUGCAAGAGAUUGCUGCAGGUAGCACGGUCUGAAGUGCUCUUUGAAGCGCUCUGUCGACGUAUUUUUCCCGUACAGAACCCUAGGGCUGCAGCUGCUGCUGCUCGCAACAAGUUUGGGCUGCGUCGCUUCCCGACGUGGUUCGACAUGUUCCAGGACAGGCCACGUGUGCGCUACAACGGCUUCUAUUGGCUCAAGGUGUCGUACUACAAGAAACCGGAGCUGAGUAUGUGGUCGGAGAUCGUCCCCGGCACGAUCUUAAAGUGCAUUUACUACCGCUACUUCUCGUUCCAACGGGACGGGACGGUGCUGUACGGCAUGUUGUUCAAGGCCCCGCAUGAGGUCGAAUCGCACAUCCGCAGCCAACGCAAGGGCGUUUACAGUGGCCGAUUCUACGUCGAUAAGGACGAGUUGGUCGUGACGGUGCCGACUAACUGCAACGAAGUCAACUUCCGCCUCAAGAUCACGCAACGUGAGCGCGGCAAGAACGUCAAGUUGGUCCUGAAGGAACACUUCGCCAACUCGGAACCCGACGGCAGCGGAUGGGUCAGCUAUUACGACACAGCAGACGAGGAAUUUUACUACUAUCGCUCGUGGAACCUAUGA